UCUACGUGUGCGAAUGCCUAUAAAAAAACAUUAUUCAUAUCAAUUUAGUCCAACUUACUGUAUAAAAUAUUGACCUGUGAAAGCUCCUCGCCACCUUCUCCGUCAGCACAAUAUUCCACUGCCCAAACCAUCAAAGGAAAACAACUUUUCUCUCUCUCUCUCUGUGGCUGUGCCGGCCAAUUCAAGAAUGUCAGAAACAAGAGCGCCGCUGCCAUGGCUGUUCCGGCGGCGAUCAAGCAGCGAAAUGAUGAAAAAUUUAGCCUCAGUUUCAAGCAGCCUUUUGCCAGCUUUUGGAACCGUUGUUGACGAAGGACACUUGCAGCUAAGGAAAGGCGUCAUCGCUCCAUAUGAUCGUCGAUACAGGUGGUGGCAGACGUUCCUUGUAGUAUUGGUAAUAUACUCCGCAUGGGCGUCUCCGUUUGAGCUAGCUUUCAAGAAAGCGGCCACCGGUGGUGCUUUUAUGGCCGUCGAUUUGGUGGUUGAUGCCUUUUUCGCUGCUGACAUUUUCCUCACUUUCUUUGUGGCUUACUUGGACAAAUCUAGCUAUCUUCUUGUUGAUGAUCACAAGAAAAUUGCACUCAGGUAUAUCACAAGCUUAUGGUUGCCCAUGGACGUAGCCUCAACCCUUCCAUUUCAACUCAUAUACAGGAUUUUCACUGGCAAAAUGAGUGAAGCUGACGUCUUUGGGAUUCUCAACCUGCUUCGUCUCUGGCGACUUAGGCGGGUUAGCGAACUCUUUGAAAGGUUAGAGAAAGACACACGUUUCAGCUACUUUUUUACAAGACUCUUUAAACUAGUUAGUGUUACACUAUUUGCAGUGCACUCAGCAGGAUGCUUCUACUUCUGGCUGGCUGCCCAUCAUAAAAAUCCAGAAAAUACAUGGAUUGGAGUUCAGGUCCAUGAUUUCAAACACAGAAGCAUAUGGCUAGGUUACAUCUAUUCCAUUUACUGGUCAAUUGUCACCCUCACCACUGUUGGCUAUGGAGACUUGCAUGCAGUCAAUACAGGAGAGAAGAUUUUCAAUAUGUUUUAUAUGCUAUUCAACAUUGGUCUCACUGCUUAUAUAAUUGGAAACAUGACAAAUCUCAUUGUCCACAGUGCAUUUCGAACUUUAGUCAUGAGGGAUAGCAUCAAUGAGAUAUUAAGAUAUGCAAGCAAGAAUAGACUCCCAGAAGGCUUGAAAGAUCAAAUGCUGGCACACAUGCAACUAAAAUUCAAGACAGCAGAGUUACAGCAAGAAGAAGUGUUAGAGGACCUACCAAAAGCUAUAAGAUCCAGCAUUGCGCAGCAUCUUUUCCGUAGCACUGUUGAAAACAGCUAUCUAUUCAAACGAGUCUCCGAAGACCUCAUUACCCAACUGAUAUCAGAGAUGAAAGCAGAAUACUAUCCACCCAAGGUGGAAAUCAUUUUGCAAAAUGAGAUUCCAACAGAUUUCUACAUUUUGGUGUCUGGAGAAGUGGAUGUGCUGACGCACAAGAAUGGAACACAGCAGUUUUUGUCAAAACUAGGGGCUGCAGAUAUGGCAGGAGAAAUAGGAGUUAUUUUCAAUAUCCCACAACCUUUUACAGUUAGGACCAAGAGGCUUUCCCAGGUCAUCAGGAUGAGUCAUCACCAUUUCAAGCAAAUGCUGCAGCCACAAAGUGAAGAAGGAAAAACAAUUAUCUCCAACUUUGUUCAGUACUUGAAGGGCUUAAAACAAGAGAUGCGAGAAGAAAUACCCUUCCUGAUGGAAUUGCUGGGUGACAUGAAUGCAGAGCACACUGCAACAAAUGAGGAGCUACAAAAUCCUGCAGCACUAAAUUCUCACAGAGAUGCAAGUGUAGAAGAAAGACCAGAACCUUCUAGUCCAAUAUCAAGCAAAUAUCGCAUAAGGGUGAUAAUCCAUGGGCAUCAUCCAAAUGAAAGUCUAGCAGAAGGUCAAAGCAACACAUUGGGAAAGCUCAUACACUUGCCUGAUUCAAUAGAAGAUCUUUUUAGAUUAGCAGAAAAGAAGUUUGGCAAACAAGGAAACACAAUUCUCAUGGAGGAUGGCUCACAAGUGGAAGACUUGGUUGCUUUAAGAGAGAAUGAUCACUUAUUUAUUUUCUGAAAAUUGAAAUAAUAUUUUUACUAAAUUUCAGCCUACAUUAUUUUUGUUCUCAGUGAUCAUUUUGCAAACUCAUUGAUCAAGUUUGAGUUGUCUAAUAUGAGACAACGAGAAAUUAUGUACCUUGUGUAUUUGUUUUUUUUUUUUUGGGUGUGUUGUGUCUGUUAUGCUUGUGUACAAAAUUACAAAUACUAUGUGAUUAAGUA